CGAACUAAUAGGAAAGGCAUCUUGUUGAUUUGGCUUUCUUGGUUUGACGGCACGAUUAUAAUCGUGUAACUUCUUACGUUUAAGUCGUGUAUUGUCUGCCACUUAAUACAUGUUUGAAAUAGUUUUUAAUUACUGUUUGUUUGUUUAUGAUAUUUGAAUAAAAAUGUGUGCGAGUUUUUUACUCCUGCGACUUUUUCCUAGUCAAAAUUGUAAUUUUUUUCGAUCACCGAUAUGAAAUUUCGUUAUGCAUUGCUCCGUGAGUGAAGCUGUAUCUUACGAAAGUAAGAUAUUAAUUACAAUAUUCAUAAGGCUAGUCCAUGGUUAGAUUGUUUAUUUCUAAUUUUUUUGGUCUUUUUUAGGUGAAAUAUAAAGAUGUAUUGUUUAGUAGCUAAAUAGUUUUAUUGUCGGCAUAUUGUUAUUUGCGUGUUCAACUCGUUUCAGGCUCGUUUCACGCCCUGCUCAGGCGUAAAAUAUCAUGGUCAUGUGGUUAAAAGUAAUUACGGCGAGGGUUUUUACGUUAUUGGAGUCUCCACCUAUGAGUGCACUUGAAACUCUUUGCAUUCAUUUCGUGCUCUGUGAAUGGAUGAUGGAUGAACACCUGAAAUGACGUCAAAGAGCAUUGUGUAUAUAUUUACUUCGUGAUACGACUUCAGUUCACAUUGAGCCCAAGCUCUGUAGAUUUUAAAAUGGCAUCAUCAUCAUCAGCAUCAUCAGUUUGCGAAGGUUGCGAGUAUAAGUACUGCGAUGCAGUGAGCUACUCCGAAGACCGCGUGAAAGAGGAAUUGUUGCACCACGGCAUCUGGCGUAAUUAUACCAACUGCCGUCGGUGUGGCAAUCCUCUUCGCGUGGAGGACAGAGGCAGAUUUCAAUGUGGGAAGUAUAUCCGGCGGCCAAAGAGGCGUCCAGCGAAAUGUAGCUGGAGUUGUUCGAUUUGGUCAGGAACCUUUUUUCAAAGGUCUCAUCUCCAGCUCGUUACCCUGUGGCGGUUCAUCCUUUCCCUGUUGAUACUGAAACCUCCAAGGCACCAAUUUCUCAUGGAACAUUUAGGACUGGGUCUGGAUCUCUCCUCCAGGACCGUCGUGGAUUGGUACUCUUUCUACCGAGAGGUACUUAUCCACGAUCGGUUGUCAACGUCGGAGAAACUUGGAGGAGAAGGAAAGACCGUCAAAAUCGACGAAGCCAAAUUUGGACGGCGUAAGUACAGUAGGGGAAAGGUGAUCAAAGGUCAGUGGAUCUUUGGGGGUAUCGAGCGGGAGACUCUACGCACCUUUUUAGUGCCGGUGGAAGCACGUGACAGUGAGACCUUGCUCGCGGUCCUGAAGGAGUGGGUGCUUCCCGGGACAACAGUCAUAAGUGAUUGCUGGAGGGCGUACGAACGUCUUCAGAAUGAAGGCUUUCGUCACCUGACAGUGAAUCAUACUUAUAAUUUUGUUGAUCCCUGGACGAAGGCCCACACCAAUACCAUCGAGAGGACGUGGCAUGAGGUCCGCUCGAACAUUCCCCGGUACGGAAGGAGGGAAGCGCACGUGAUCGGAUAUCUGGCCGAAUUUCUUUUUAAGGCCAGAUAUCCGAAAUCGACCGAAAGGACACAUUAUUUUCUUCAGGCCGCUGCAAAUNAUAAUAAUUAA